CGAAUGCUAAUCUUCUCUGUAUCUAUCCACUUGAAGCCCAUGCACACACACACACACACACACACACAGACACAGAGAGAGAGAGAGAGAGAGAGAGAGAGAGAGAGAGAGAGAGAGAGAGAGAGAGAGAGAGAGAGAAGCGCGAGGAGAACGAAGAGCAUGAGGAAGACGUUUAUAGAUGGAGGGUUGGGGCAGUUGGAGUGGAGGGUGGGUAGAGAUGGGGAGGAGGAUCGGUCUAGUGGGGAAGGAGGGUCGGCACAGGCUGUUGAGUUCUAUCCUGGUGGCAAUCUUCUGUUCUCUGGCGAUGCUGACGGAGAGCUGAAGGUGUGGGACCUCACGCAAAGAAGGCUGGUCUUCUCUAAGCGAGUUUACAGUCGCGCUGCAGGCGUCGUUGCCAUUAAGUCGUUGGGUUCAAACUCGGGUCAGCAGAUGGUUCUGACCCAGGGUCGGGAUGGCAUUGUGAAACAGUGGCAUUUGACGGAAUCAGGGUUAUCGCGAGACCCGCUCGGUCUGAUCGACAUUGGAUCCUAUAGUUACUGCAAAUUGUCAGUGGUCAGACACCGGGGUGGUAGAUCUGUGUCGGCGAGCAGCAGAAGAAGAGGGGAAGAUGGGAGUUCCCCAGCAGAGGGGGAAGGUGAGGGCGAGAGGGGGCAGAGGCCGGGGGAGUCGGAAACCACGGGUGAAGAUUGCCGUGAGCAAGUUGAUUUUGAAAAAGAGAAUAACCAGCCACUCCCACCACAAGGGGAGGGAGGAAACAAGGGAGAGGAAGCUGGCGAAGGGAAUGAAUGGGAGGUCGAGCAUUCGGUGGCAAAGCUUCGAGUGAACGAUUCACAUACCGAAGGAGCAAAUGUGUCUGAUGACUCUGAUCUCUACAAACACCCAAAGCAGCAGCUCCGCUCGUUGCAACAGCAACAACAACAACAUCAUCAUCAUCAGCAGCAGCAGCAAGAACAACAGCAACAGCAACAGCAACAGCAACAAGAGGAGGGCCAUACAGAGACGCCUUCCAUCUUCACAGGUGUUGAGAGCAAGGAGAGAGGAGAGACGGCAGAGUCCCAGGAUCCGAUGCUUGGAACGGAAGAGGAAAAUUUGGAGACAAGUGCAGACGCAAGCCACAGGGUUGCUAGGAGCAAGGAGAUGCGAAGCGCCGUGGUCGGCGGAUUGAGUCAGAUCAUCACCGAUGAUGUCGAUCAACGAGUGAAAGGAAGUGAGGGCGUGGCGCCUUCUGCGGUGUUCGAGGAAGCGGAAGACAGCGGCGGCCUUCCUGCGGCACAGGAUCAGUCCCUGAUUGCCAUUGCUGGAUCCGACCCUUCGAUUGUGGAGGUGUGGAGUCUUUCGUCAACGGAACGAGUGCUUCAGCUGUCCCAAGGGUCGAACACCUCCAAAGGCAACCCGUUUCCUGCGUGUGGUGGGAGAGCGGGCAUGUGCAUGGCGGUGGAAGCUGUCCGACAGCCACACACAGGUGUUCUAACUAUUGCCGCAGGAUUUGAGGACGGGGCGAUCAGAGUGUGGGAUGCACGUCAGGUCGCAGAGCCUCUUGUUUGUCAGAAUCUGCACACUGAGCCCAUUUUGAGCAUCGCGUUAGACAGUUCGUAUUCUGGCGGAGUCUCCGGAGCUGCCGACAACCGUACAAUUUUCUUCCGUCUGGACUGCCUUACAGGGGUGUGCAAUGUGGCCAAGAUGGUGGAGACUACGAGGCCUGGGACGGCAGACGUGGCCAUCAGACCAGAUGGCCGGAUCGCGGCAACAGGAGGCUGGGACCAUAGAGUGAGGGUCUAUGAUUACAAGCACAGAAAACUGCUGGCGAUCCUGAAAUACCACACCUCAACAGUCUCUGCAGUGGCAUUUUGUCCUUAUCAAACGGGGCUUCUGGCGUCAGCCUCAGAUGAUGCGACUGUUGCGAUCUGGGAUAUAUAUCCCACGCAGGUGAUGGCGGCGUGUGCAUUUUCUUGUUCAUCUGCUGCUGCUGUUAAGGGCGCAGCAUUUGUGAGAGGAACUGAAUCGCUGUCUGCCGAGGUGAAAAGUGGGCAUGUGACCAUCCCUUCGGCAACGUCCUCGUCUUCAUUUCAAGCUCUGUCAGCUCGUAGACAUGGUCAUUGCUUGGAGAGUUCGGCGGCGACAUGGAGGACAGGGAAUUCGGGAGAAGCAGGAGGGCUUUUGAAGCGGGCAGUGCGUGACGAGGGAAGCUGCCAGCGAAAGGGUAUGGUCGCCCUGCGAGCAAGCACAAAAGAGACAUCCGAAGCGGCCUCUGCACGAUCCUAUAAGAUUACUCUUCUCCCGGGCGAUGGCAUCGGCCCAGAGAUCAUGAAGGUGGCGAAGGAGGUGCUGAAGAUGGUUGGUAAGCAGGAAGGAAUGAGGUUGGAGUUUGACGAAGCUCUGGUAGGAGGCGCUGCGAUUGACGAGUACGGGAAUCCGUUGCCGGAGUCGAGUUUGGCGCUCUGUCGUAACAGCGAUGCGGUUCUUCUUGCAGCCAUCGGAGGGUAUAAGUGGGACAAUAACCCUGCUCAUUUGCGUCCCGAGAGGGGUUUGCUUGGUCUAAGGGCAGGUCUGGGGGCGUUUGCAAACCUGCGACCUGCCACUGUGCUGCCGCAGCUGGUGGACGCUUCGACUCUGAAGAGAGAGGUGGUGGAAGGUGUCGACAUUAUGGUCGUGAGAGAGCUCACGGGCGGCAUCUACUUUGGCCAACCCAAGGGCUUCGGGGUGAACGAGGCUGGAGAGCGCACUGGGUUCAACACGAUGAUAUACAGCAUCCCGGAGAUCGAUCGGAUUGCACGAGUGGCAUUCGAAAUGGCGAGGAAGAGGAGGGGGAAGCUUUGCUCCGUAGACAAGUCCAACGUGCUGGAGACAUCUCAGCUGUGGCGUGAAAGAGUGAUCGAAAUCGGUAAAGAGUACCCGGAUGUCGAGCUAUCGCAUAUGUACGUUGACAACGCUGCGAUGCAACUGAUCCGCGCUCCAAAGCAGUUCGACACGAUCGUAACUGGGAACAUCUUCGGUGACAUCUUGUCGGACGAGGCGUCGAUGCUCACAGGUAGUAUCGGAAUGCUUCCCUCAGCAAGUGUUGGGGAGUCGGGGCCCGGGUUAUUCGAGCCUGUCCACGGUUCUGCCCCCGACAUUGCAGGUCAGGACAAGGCUAAUCCUUUGGCCCAAGUGCUGAGUGCGGCAAUGAUGCUCCGGUAUGGACUGAGCGAGCCGGUAGCAGCGCAGAGGAUCGAGGCCGCGAUAUUCAACGUUCUUGAUAUGGGCUACCGCACGGGCGACAUCAUGUCAGCAGGGAAGACGCUCGUUGGAUGUGCACAGAUGGGGGACAUUCUUCUGGAGUCUCUCAGCCAGAGCACAGAGUCUUAUGCCACUCCACUGACUCCAGUGACCGCUUGAUGUACGUAACUUAGAGAAAUAUUCGCCGCCGACUCGCCGCUGGGGACUCUCUCAGGCAGACCGGCAGACAGACUUACGUCGGCACAGUUGUUCAAUGUGACGGUCUGCAGUUUGCAAGACUGCCCACGACUCACGAUCAAUGGGAAAUAAUCGCUGUUGUAGGAUUCUUCAUCGGUGUUAUUAAAAAAAAAAAAAAAAAAAAAAAAUCCUUCAUUGGUGUUGUUGUUAGUAUAUUCUUAUAACCUCCUGAGAAGCGAGAAAACGCCUACUAGCUGGUUAAGGACAUGGUCGUGCAAAAAAAAAAAAAAAAAAAAAAAAAAAAAAAAAAAAAAAAGAAAAAGGACAUGGUCGUGCACGGAGAGUAGGAGCAAUCUCUCCAUUCAUUAGUGUGUGAGUUUCGAAUCGGAUGGUUAAAAAAAAAAAAAAAAAGUUUUGUAACCCUCCUGAGAUCAUGGAAGAGGGUGCUUGGCCUACAGGUAUGUAUGUGGCCGAGCGUUGAGCAGUUGAGAAGUGUCACUGUCCUUUUUCCACUCCCUAUCAGAGCACGCCGUUGGAAGAUGCAUCUGCCCACAAUUCUGGGGCAGCAUCAUCUGGACGGCUGGAAGACGGAACCCCUCGGCACCCUUUUGCAUGAGAGCUCCUCAGCUGUAUGCGUUGUCUUUGCAGCCAUCGCUCGACGCUCUUAUCCUCAGCUGGUUGACAAAGGAGUGAGAGUGAGCUUAUCCCAUCUGCCCUUAUCAGGUCAUCGAUAGGAGAAGGUUGACUCUGGUCAUCGCUACGAGGACCUUUUUUGACUUGUUGACCCAGCAGGGUCCCUUCUGUUUGGUCUACAGAGAGUUCGCAGAGCUGUUUUGGAUGUUCCCUCUCGCUUCUCAGGUGAUUGAUUUCGAGGAGGCGAAGAGCACUCAUCCUGCUUAUGAGAGGGAUGGUUUUGGCGGUGCUUCCCCUUUGUUCCGUCGACCGUGCAUUCUUUCCACGGACACCUCUCUACCACCUUGAGCGCCUAGCAGUCGGAACACGGCACCACAUCUCGUGCUCAUCGGUCCAGCGAACACCGGGCCUCUUUUUCCGAUGAGCACUACAUCUCGUGCUCAUCGGUCCUUCUAGUGUGUCUUCAGCGAACACCGGGCGCUUAAACCACCUUGAACAACUAGGAGUCGGAACACGGCACCACAUCUCAUGCUCAUCGGUUCUUCUAGUGUCUUCAGCGUGCUUCUACGUCCCAAGUGUUCGCUACGCUUCACUUCUAGUGUCUUCAUUGUGUUUCUACGUCCCAAGUGUGUUCCACUUAACCUACUGCUGCAGAUCCCAAAUACCUGAUCGUCGCCCGAUCCCCCGUGGAGAUCGACGGCUGCAGGUUGACAGGCUAUGGUGUCAAAGAGGUUGAUCUUUGUUUCGCUAUGGUUUCUUGCGGUCUCAAUUGUGAUCUGAUGGUGAUGGUGGAGAGCAACGGCUGCGGUUUUUUCCUUUCUCCCAGCCGCUCUCGUCCUCCUCUCAGGGACGGCUUUGGUCGUUUAAGAUUUGAUAUCACACUCAUGGGCAUCAUGUUGAAGGUUGACAGGCUAUUACGGUGGCAACGAGGUUGAUCUUUCUUUGUUUCACUGCGGUGAUUUCUUCCCAUCCCAAUUGUGAUCUUCUCUUUUCACCUCUCCCAGCUGCACUCGUCGCCCUCUAAAAGGGCGGGGGCGAUGGUUUUGUAAGAUCGAUAUCAGACUCAUGGACAUGUACUACAAGGCUGACUGGCUAUGGUGUCAAAGAGGUUGAUCUUUGUUUCGUUCCCGUUGGUUUCUUGCCGUCAUAGUUGUUAUCGGAUGCAUUGGUGGAGAUCGACGACUGCAGGGUUUUUUUUUUUUUUUUUUUUUUGGUUUCUCCCAGGUCCCCUCGGCGUCAUGUCAGGGCGAGCGGUGGUAGUUUAAGAUAGCUAUAUCGGACUCAGCACAGCCCACUGGAACUCGCCAAGCCCUUCCACCUG